AUGAGUUCUUACUUCGUUAAUUCCCUCUUCGCUAAAUUUAAAGCGGGUGAUUCUCUGCGCUCCAACUACUAUGAGUGCUCAGGGUAUGCGCAGGAUCUUGGAGGCAGACCAUCUGUGCUGUACGGUCACAAUACAGGAUCUGCUUUUCAACAUACGGCUCAGUUCCCGGAACUUUACCACCACGGUACAUCAUCCUUCUCCCACGCAUCUUACCAGCAGAACCCGUGCGCAGGACCGUACCCUGGAGAAGCCACGGGAAACAUCUUAGGGCAGGACGCUUUACAGAAACAGUCCUUCUUUUGCGCACCAGAUGCGGAGUUUGCGCAAUUUGGGGAUAGUAAUUUAAAGGUAAACAGUCUCAGGGAUGACUCCGAAAGUGCGGAGCCUUGUCCAGCGCAGCUCUUCCCAUGGAUGAGACCACAAGCUACCGGCCGGAGAAGGGGACGACAGACCUACAGCCGCUACCAGACUCUGGAACUGGAGAAGGAGUUUCUGUUCAAUCCCUACCUGACCCGCAAGCGGCGCAUCGAAGUAUCUCAUGCGUUGGCCCUCACUGAGAGACAGGUGAAGAUUUGGUUCCAGAACAGGCGCAUGAAGUGGAAAAAAGAACACAACAAAGACAAGUUUCCAAGCUGCAAAGCGGAACAAGAGGAAAUAGAGAGACAAAAUCAAGAAGACAGCCGGGUAUCAGAGAAACACACAUCAGAAGAGGACUCCUCCGAGAAAGCUUAAAUAAGACUUUCAGCAAGUCUAAAUUGUCUGUUGACUAUAAAAAUGAGCAUUGGAUCAAUCAACUGUAACUGAGAUGUCGAUACACAAAUGCAAUUUACAAGAUUACUGCAGUCGAACACAAAGCCAAUCAAAUGGGCCUAUUCCAUCUCUGAAUUACUUCAGUUUAUGAGGCACUUUUGGUUUCAGUGGUUGUUGAGCUACGUGUGUGUGUGUUUAGUGUCGUGUGUUUGAGUGAAGCCAUCUCAAAUCUUUCCUCGAGCAGAUUAACUACUUCUCUUGAGGUCACUGUUGCAGUGAGGGCAAAUGAGGCAAUGCUGUAUGUCUAUCACUUUCAUUUCUUCAAAUCAGUGGGAGUCAUAAUCCACGAUAUUCGUUCUCUUCAGUAACUCUGUAAUACCCUGUAAAAUAGGGCGACAUAUGCGUUUAAGGAAUCAGCGUUAGUGAGUGCAUUGCUGUAUUAUUAGCUGUAUGAAAACGCACUUUUUGUGAAUUGUUCAAGUUUACUGCUCUCCAACCGAACAACCAAAUCUCUGUGUUAUUGCUUCAAUCAUUUCAUCAGUGUAUAUCCAUGCGCUAUGCUUCCCCAAGAGGGGAUAGAUAAAACGCACAAUGUUAUUCUGCAAAGUUUUUGUGUUAAUAUUUGAUAUCCCGGUUUCGUGGAAGGAAGCACUGUUCUGUUGUAUUUUCUAUUGUCCUUAACUGGAAGUGGUUCCUGAAAGAAGCCACAAUAAAAUGUAUGAAAAGAAUCCGAUUCGUCCUCUUUCCACUGGAGUGCCUCAUUGAAAGGGUUUUCUGCAGGAUGCAAGACAUUCUUGCUCACAGACCUAAAGGGAUGUCACACUUUACAACUAAAGAAAAAUCAGUUACAUCUCACAUACUACAUCUUGAGUAGACGUAAAUAAGUAGAAGUUUCAAAUGUGUUUUAAGCAUCUGGAUCAGAGGAACUUAACUAAGGACAACUAAGACAAUAGUAACGCAGAGUUGUUUACGCAAUGACAUAUUUCAUUUAAGCUAUAUAGGCCUAAACCUUUUUCAGAUUCACGUAUAGGACAACAAAGGGUCGACCAAAACAAUCUGACCCCAAGACAAAGGUUCAGUAUCAGCACUUCGUUACAUGUGGGCAGUUUACAGGCUUCUAUGACUCUGGUUGAAUUACCGAGCAGUCUGGUCUCAAUCUCUGUCUCAGAUACCUUCAAAUGGUUGUACCUUUCUUUUAGAGAUUUGGCUGCCUAUAGUGCAGUC